CGGAGCCGUGGGGGCGGGUUCCCGGGCCCGCUGUCUGCGGCCGGCGGGCAGGCGACUCCUGUCCCGAGUGGAGGCGGCGGAGCCGGAGCCGGGGGAGGGGGCAGCGGCUGUCUGAAGGACCGCGGCGUCGCCCGCAGCUCCUCAUCGACAAUCACACCUGUCGGCGGUGGCACGCACGCUCGCUGUCCCUCUCCGUCGCCCGCCUGCACCCGCCUGGCCGGGCCAUCCGCUCGCCGCCGCAGGCCGGCGCCGCACCUGGGCGCAGGUGGCCGCUGGACCCUGUCCCUUCCGUCUGCACACCUUGGGAUCUGGUCCAGCCCUUGCUGCACCGCACAGGGCCCUCAGGGGCCUCUGAGAUCCCCUCACCACCACCACCACCAUCACCCACAACGAGGAGGUGCCUUCCAGGGCGGCCGCAGCUUGCAGCGCUCCGGUGGUGGAGCGAUCCGAGGUGAGGGGCUGGGCUGGGCAUGUUUAAGCGCACAGCGCUCUCCUGCCCAUCCCCAGCAGCACCCCCACUGCAGGCCAGAGGCGCUUUCCGGAGCUUCCCACACUUCUGGGGAGAAGACUUCUUAGCCAGCUUGAUGUUUAAAAUUCAGCUGGAGCCCUUAAAACUUCGAGCGUGGACGCUGAAUGGGUUUGUAAAGUUUCGAAACAAGGAGACCAGCGCCGGUCCAGUGGCUGUAAUGGGAAAAGACUAUUACAAGAUCCUGGGGAUCCCGUCAGGGGCCAAUGAGGAUGAAAUCAAGAAAGCCUACCGGAAGAUGGCCCUCAAGUACCACCCAGACAAGAACAAAGAGCCCAACGCCGAGGAGAAGUUCAAGGAGAUUGCCGAGGCCUACGAUGUGCUGAGUGACCCCAAGAAGAGGGGCCUCUAUGACCAGUAUGGGGAGGAAGGCCUGAAGACCGGCGGUGGCUCAUCGGGUGGCUCCAGUGGCUCCUUCCAUUACACCUUUCAUGGGGACCCCCAUGCCACCUUUGCUUCCUUCUUUGGUGGCUCCAACCCCUUCGAUAUCUUCUUUGCCAGCAGUCGCUCCACUCGCCCCUUCAGCGGCUUUGACCCCGAUGACAUGGACGUGGAUGAAGACGAGGACCCCUUUGGUGCCUUUGGCCGCUUUGGCUUCAAUGGGCUGAGCAGGGGUCCAAGGCGAGCCCCCGAACCGCUGUACCCUCGGCGCAAGGUGCAGGAUCCCCCGGUGGUGCACGAGCUGCGGGUGUCCCUGGAGGAGAUCUACCAUGGCUCCACCAAGCGCAUGAAGAUCACAAGGCGGCGCCUCAACCCAGACGGGCGAACUGUGCGCACUGAGGACAAGAUCCUGCACAUUGUCAUCAAACGGGGCUGGAAGGAGGGAACCAAGAUCACCUUCCCCAAAGAGGGCGACGCAACCCCAGACAACAUCCCUGCUGACAUUGUCUUCGUUCUCAAAGACAAACCCCAUGCACACUUUCGCAGAGAUGGCACCAAUGUGCUCUACAGUGCCCUGAUUAGCCUCAAAGAGGCGCUGUGUGGCUGCACCGUGAACAUUCCCACCAUUGACGGCCGUGUGAUCCCUCUGCCCUGCAACGACGUCAUCAAGCCAGGCACCGUGAAGAGACUCCGUGGGGAGGGCCUGCCCUUCCCCAAGGUGCCCACCCAGCGGGGAGACCUCAUUGUCGAGUUCAAAGUUCGCUUCCCAGACAGAUUGACACCACAGACCCGACAGAUCCUUAAGCAGCACCUCCCCUGUUCCUAGGCUCUGCCCCAGCCAGCCCAGAGUCUUCCACAGCAAUACCCCCCACUCUCACCCUGCCACAUGCACCUGGCUUGAUGUCCACUGGACACUGGCAACUUUUUCUAAAAUGAAAAAAAAAAAAAAAAACAAGAAAAGAAAAAAAAAAAAGGUUUUUAGGACAAUGUUCCUGUCCCUGACCCCUCUCAGAGCUGGGCUGUCUUGGGGGAGUGGGAGGGAAUUGGGGAGAGCUAGCCCAGGCCUGGGGUCAAUUUUCGUGUCACUUGCUUUGAAUCCAGUUCCCACUCUAGUGGCUGGAGAGAGACCUGAGUGCUACUUGAAGAUGCAGAGGUUCCUCGUCCAUGCCUGUAAAUAGCAUGCCCUCCUCCCCUCUCAGCUUCGCAACUAAUCUGUCCUCCCUCCCUGUCCCGCUUCUUCCCGUUGCGGAAAAGGGAAGCAAGGACUCCGCUUUGCCACCACCGCCUGGUCCCAGGGCCGGUGUCUGAGGUUCCUGCGCUCACACUCUUACAGACACAUGCACACACGCGUGCACACACACACAUACACACGCACACGCACACACAAGCGCUCACUUUGAGCUGUCUGUGCCUCUCAGGGCGGAGAGAGGAAGGGCAGGUCCAGAAACCCCUGAGCUGGGCCACUGAGCACGAGACACUUUUCAUUUGGGGGCAGUGAGGUGAAGGGGGCCCUCAGAGCCGCCCCGUCAGUCCUCCUGCCUCGACCCCACAGAACUGGAAGUUGAGUCCUCAGGAGCCUCCAAGGAGGAGCGAGGGAGGAACCUGCUAAGUGCAGAAGUGGGGGCGGGGGAUGGGGGCCACACCCCAGCCUUCCUCAGGACCGGAAAGGGCUUCAGGGUCAGGUGGCAGCUACACCCCACCAAGAGAUUCAGGGUCACAGGUUUCUCCCCACACCUCUGAACUCAGGGCCUAGCCACCCCCAAACUUCCAAAUCCCAUUUUUGUGCUAUAUGGAGCAAUUCUGACCCUUCGUGGAGGCUGCUGAGGGGGACUGCCAUCCCUCUGAGCCCACGUGAGCCACCCCACUCCCACGGCUGCAGGAAGGUCUAACAGUGGGGAGCCAGGGAGCUGGCUUCAGUGAGGUCCUGGGGUGGGGUCUUUAGGUUUUCUCACUUUGACAAGCCCCUGAAUGUUUUUAUAGUAGUUUUUUGUAUUUUUUUGUAAUGACAGUAUUAUGGAAAAAAUAAUAAAGUAUUUUAAAAAUAAGG